CUUUUGCACACUUCAUUCAGUAUUGGGGUAUACUUGCAACCAAUUUAGUGCUGGCAUAACAGAAAAUCAUCCAACUCACGAAAUGAGUCUUAGAACACUGUUGCUUAUCUCGAUCGUAGCCACGGCAGGGCUGGGAGUUUUCGGUGACCCGAUUGGAGUGUCUAACCCGUGUGUUGGGGUGCAGGAUGGUUACUUUGUGCGCGACGUGAACGACUGCAAGGCCUACCACUACUGUUUCAACGGCACUGCAACGCUCAACAAGUGUCCCGGCGAUUUCUACUACAACGAGCUGGAGCAGCUGUGUGACUAUCAGGACAAGGUGAUGUGCCACGUCUGUCUGGAGAGGACGGGUAUACAGAUACUGCCACACCCGCAAAACUGCAACCAGUUCAUCACCUGCUCGGAUGGAGCAUCGUACGUUGGGCAGUGUGCGGAAGGACAUGCGUUUGAUCGAACCACCAAGGUUUGCAAUCCGUUGGGACGCGUCAAUUGCGAGUUGCGCCACUGCCCAGCGAAGGACAACCCGAACGAGAUCGUGUUUCUGCCGGGCGUCGAACGGUGUGACGAGUACUUUAUCUGCCGGGAAGGAUCAGCCAUCCAGACGUUCUGUGCACCGGGGCUGUACUGGGACGGGCUUAACCAGCGUUGUGAUGUGAAGGAGAACGUCAGGUGUGCUUUGCAAUGAGCCCCGUGGGUAGUGGGUGAUCCUCAAAUAAUAAUCCGUAGCAAACCAAAGCUGUCUAGUAGAGUACGACGAGUGAGAUGCUUUGUGCACAGUGUUCUCAACAAUACAUAUAAAUUAGCAGUAAAGUAGGAGCAGUUGCAGUAGUAGUAGUAGUGGCGGUGAAAAGCUCUGUAAGUUGGAGAAAAAUAAAUUACUAAUGUUGUUUCACGUGAA